AUGAUGAUGGACUCCACAGAGAUGUUAUUCUCAGUACCACAGGGGCUACCUUCUGCUUGGGACACCGUAACUGCAGCUCUGGUGAGUAGAUGGACCUAACUUGCCUGCGGUAGUAUCUUGUGUUGUUGACAUAACCUGCUUGCCUUUUAUGUAUAUAAUUAAAUCAGAUCAAUUGUACCACUGUGGUUGACUGCUGGACAUAGCAGCUAGCUAACGUUAACAUAUUCACAUGCCAGGCAUUAGCUAACUAGCUAAGACCAAUGUUGAUCUAUCAUACAUCCCAUAGUCCGUAUUUGUUUAUAAGAACAUAAACAAUUUCCUCUGUCUGUAGGUGUCUCCAGUGUCCAAUGACAUCACCAUGUCUGAUGAGUCUCUCUCUGAGGGGCUAAACCUGCUGUGCUCUAACAGCCUGGGACAGUUUCUGGAGGGAUGGCUAAUGGAGACCCUGCAGGUGCGUCUGACUACUGCCAUUGCCCCUGAGUUCUGGGCUGGAAUGAAGCAACCAGAGAAUGAGCUGGAGGAGAAGGACAGGGCCAGGAUCCUACUCAUGGCCUUCCGUACCCUUUUGGACAGACUGCAACCUUUCCUAGGUGGGUUCAAACAUUCAAGUUACAGUUAAUUGCACCCUUAAUAAUGCUAGAAUUUUGACUGAACAGAAUGUUGUCAAAUGCGUAAAAAUGUGCUCUCUGUCCCUUUCCCCAGGAGGGUUGGAGAGGCUGGGUACCUGGCAGGACGAGGGCCGGGGUGGUCUGUGUGGCCCUGGGGCCAGGGGUCUCCGUGAGAGGGCCUUCUCCGUCAUCAGGGCCAUCCUGCUGUUCUCCCCCUCAGCUGUGCUCCAGGAGAGAAUACUGGAGUUCUACAGUAGGACUUUCUCUGUCCACAUGAGCCAGGAGGGGGAGGCAGGGGAGGCUGAGGAGGGGAGUGGGGGGCCUGAGGGGGGCGUCUGUCAGGGCUGCACUGUCCCCACUCAGCAGUGUUGGUGUCAGCAGGCCCUGGAGCAGCUGCAAGAGCUCAGCCACGUACUGUGAGUGAAUGGAGGGGUGGCUGUGUCACUGUCUGCUCUGUUUUCUAGACUCUAAUUGUUGUACUGCUUAACAUCUUACAUUCAAAUAUGACAACAACAAACAACAUCACAAAUGUCUUAUUGUCACAGAUCAGGGUUCACUUCCUUAACCAUUGUCUACUUCUCUACCUUUGUCUGCCUGCUGUGUUUGAAAUGUAUCUUGUGUAGUUGCCUCUACCUACAAAUCUGCUAAAGUGUGAUUGUCCCGCCCCCCAGAUCCAGGUUGCAGCUAUUGGAGCGGGUCAGCUCAGAGGCGGUGACGUCCAUCUUACACAAACUGAUAGAGCAGCGGAUGGAGCAGCACUGCAGGGGGGAGUACGAGAGCUCUUUCCUCUUCGACUUUCAGGAGGUACAGUAGACCAAAGAGCCUGUCUAUGGGAGGACCACCUCACAGAAUGAAGUGGCAUGACCUAUCAACAAGUUGGACUUUUCCAGCUUGCCUUAUUCAACAGAAUAGGUUGCUGACCAAAUAUGAUGUGUCUAUAAAACAAUUUACUACACCAAGUCCAAAUCUCAGAAAUGUGAUCAUUUAUCUGUUUUACUUAUUCUCUUACUUAAAAACAUUCUCCCAAUUCUCUCUUUCAUUCUCUCUUUCUCCAGUGGCUAGAGCUGGUGUUGGGCUGGUUGAGCAGGGUGUUUGCCAGUGAUGUGGGUGGACUGGGCACUGUGCCCAAUGGCACAGGCAGCGGGGCUGGGGAGGUGGGCCAACCAGCCAACGCCGUGCUGCAGCGCUGGAGGUGUCACAUGCACCAGUUCUUCUGCAGGAUCUACGUCAACAUGAGGAUUGAGGAGCUCUUCAGCAUCAUCAGAGGUGAGGGGUUAGGGAACAGAGAGAGGAGAUAGGGAGAUGGUGAAUAAUAAGAGAAAGCAGUCAAUGUUGGGGCGCUUGAUGGCAUAGGGAAGAGAUUUGGUGGGACGGAUGAGAUACAGAGAGGAUGGAGAGUUGUGGUUGUUUCUUCCUCCCUCACAUGCUGUGGUUUGUUCUGUCCCUGUCAGAUUUCCCCGAGUCAAAGCCUGCCAUCGAUGACCUCAAGUUCUGCCUGGAGAGAACCAAUCAGAGGCAGCAGCUCCUCACGUCCCUUAAGACAGCGUUUGAGACUCGUCUGCUUCACCCAGGUCAGUGAACCGAUGGCGGAUUACAAACAAUGACUGGUGUUUGCUGUUUAUUUUGUCUGUUACACAUUUAAAGCAGUGAAGACUAAGUGUUGUUUGCAAACAUAAUGUUAGAGAAGAAACUAGACUUGUGUAUAUGAAUCCCAUCCCAACAACAUUCCUCUUCCCCUCUAGGAGUCCAUACCUCUGACAUCAUCACUGUGUACAUCUCGGCCAUAAAGGCCCUACGGGAACUGGACCCAUCCAUGGUCAUCCUGCAGGUUGCGUGCCAACCAAUCCGCAAGUACCUCAGGUGGGUGCACGUGUAUUAUUGUAAUAUGUAUUUACACUGAACAAAAAUAUAAACGCAGCAUGCAAUAAUUUCAAAGAUUUUACUGAGUUACAGUUCAUAUAAGGAAAUGAGUCAAUUGAAAUUAAAUCAUUAGGCCCUAAUCUAUGGAUUUUACAUGACUGGGAAUACAGAUAUGCAUCGGUUGGUCACAGAUACCUUUAAAAAAAGGCAGGGGCGUGGAUCAGAAAACCAGUCAGUAUCUUGUGUGACCACCAUUUGUCUCAUGCAGCGCGACAUGUCUCCUUCGCAUAGAGUUGAUCAGGCUGUUCAUUGUGGCCUGUGGAAUGUUGUCCCACUCCUCUUCAAUGGCUGUGCAAAGUUGCUGGAUAUUGGCAGGAACUGGAACAUGCUGUCAUACAAGUUGAUCCAGAGCAUUACAAACAUGCUCAAUGGGUGACAUGCCUGGUGAGUAUGCAGACCAUGGAAGAACUGGGACAUUUUCAGCUUCAAGGAAUUGUGUACAGGUCAUUGUGACAUGGGGCUGUGCAUUAUCAUGCUGAAACAUGAGGUGAUGGUGGCGGAUGAAUGGCACAACAAUGGGCUUCGAUCUCAUCACGGUAUCUCUGUGCAUUAAAAUUGCCAUCGAUAAAAUGCAAUUGUGUUCGUUGUCCGUAGCUUAUGCCUGCCCAUACCAUAACCCCACCGCCAACCAUGGGGCACUCUGUUCAUAACAUUGACAUCAUCAAUCCGCUCGCCCACACGGUCGCCAUACACACGGUCUGCCAUCUGCCUGGUACAGUUGAGACUGGGAUUCAUCCGUGAAGAGCACACUUCUCCAGCGUGCCAGUGGCCAUCGAAGGUGAGCAUUUUCCCACUGAAGUCAGUUACGACUCAGAACUGCAGUCAGGUCAUGACCACGCUGAUGAGCUUUCCUGAGACUGUUUCUGACAGUUUAUGCAGAAAUUAUUUGGUUAUGCAAACCCACAGUUUCAUCAGCUGUCCGGGUGGCUGGUCUCAGACGAUCCUGCAGGUGAAGAAGCCGGAUGUGGAGGUCCUGGGCUGGCGUGUUUACACGUGGUCUGCGGUUGUGAGGUCGGUUGGACCUACUGACAAAUUCUCUAAAACGACGUUGGAGGCAGCUUAUGGUAGAGCAAUGAACAUUCAAUUCUCUGGCAACAGUUCUGGUGGACAUUCCUGCAGUCAGCAUGCCAAUUGCACCCUCCCUCAACUUGAGACAUCUGUGUUGCUUUGUUGAGUGACAAAACUGCACAUUUCAGAGUGGCCUUUUAUUGUCCCCAGCACAAGGUGCACCUGAGUAAUGAUCAUGCUGUUUAAUCAGCUUCACACCUGUCAGGUGGAUGGAUUAUCUUAGCAAAGGAGAAAUGCUCAAUAACAGGGAAGUAAACACAUUUGUACACAAAAUUAGAGAGAAAUAUGCUUUUGUGCGUUUGGAAAAUUUCAGGGAUAUUUUAUUUCAGUUCAUGAAACAUGGGACCAACACUUUACAUGUUGCAUUGGGAGGCAAAAUGUUAGAGAAUAUUGUUCUCUACUGGAACCAACAGGACCCUGAACAGCUUCUACCCCAAGCCAUAAGACUGCUAAAUAGUUAGUCCAGGUAGCUAUUGGUUAACUAUUUAACCAUUGGCAUUGACCCUUUUUGCACUAACUCUUUUGACUCAUCACAUACACUGUUGCUAUUGUUUAUUAUCUAUUCUGUUGCCUAGUCACUUUAUCCCUACCUAUAUAUACAUACACUACAUGACGAAAAGUAUGUGGACACCUGCUUGUCGAACAUCUCAUUCCAAAAUCAUGGCCAUUAGUAUGGAGUUGGUCCCCCCUUUGCUGCUAUAACAGCCUCCACCCUUCUGGAAAGGCUUUCCACUAGAUAUUGUAACAUUGCUGUGGGGACUUGCUUCCAUUCAGCCACGAGCAUUAGUGAGGUUUGGCACUGAUGUUGGGAAAUUAGGCCUGGCUCGCAGUCGGCAUUCCAAUUUAUCCCAAAGGUGUUCGAUGGGGUUGAGGUCAGGGCUCUGUGCAGGCCAGUCAGGUUCUUCCACACCGAUCUCGACAAACCAUUUCUGUAUGGACCUCGUUUUGUGCAUGGGGGCAUUGUCAUGCUGAAACAGGAAAGGGCCUUCCAUAAACUCUUGCCACAAAGUUGGAAGCACAGAAUCGUCGAGAAUGUCAUUGUAUGCUGUAGCGUUAAGAUUUCCCUUCACUUGAACUAAGGAGCCUAGCCCGAUCCAUGAAAAAUAGCCCCAGACCAUUAUUCCUCCUCCACCAAACUUUACAGUUGGCACUACGCAUUUGGGCAGGUAGCGUUCUCCUGGCAUCCGCCAAACCCAGAUUAGUCCGUCAGACUGCCAGAUGGUGAAGUGUGAUUUAUCACUCCAGAGAACGCAUUUCCACUGCUCCAGAGUCCAAUGGCAGUGAGCUUUACACCACUCCAGCCGACGCUUGGCAUUGCACAUGGUGAUCUUAGGCUUGUGUGCGAACAGUUAUUGUGCUGACGUUGCUUCCAGAGGCAGUUUGGAACUCGGUAGUGAGUGUUGCAACCGAGUACAGACAAUUUUUACACGCUACGUGCUUCAGCACUAGGCGGUCCAAUCUGUGAGCUUGUGUAGCUUACCACUUAGUGGCUAAGCCGUUGUUGCUCCUAGACGUUUCCACUUCACAAUAACAGUACAGUACAGGGCAGCUCUAGCAGGGCAGAAAUUUGACGAAAUAACGUGUUGGAAAGGUGGCAUCCUAUGACGUUUCCAUGUUGGAAGUCACUGAGCUCUUCAGUAAGGCCAUUCUACUGCCAAUGUUUGUCUAUGGAGAUUGCAUGGCGGUGUGCUCGAUUUUAUACACCUGUCAGCAACAGGUGUCGCUGAAAUAGCCAAAUCCACUAAUUUGAAGGGGUGUCCACAUACUUUUGUAUAUAUAGUGUAUCUACCUCAAUUACCUCGUACCCACUGCACAUCGACUCGGUACUGGUACCCCGUGUAUAUAGCCAAGUUGUCGUUACUCAUUGUGUAUUUAUUCCUUGUGUUAUUACUUUUAUUUCUCUAUUUUUCUAUUUUGUAUUGUUGGGAAGGGCCGUAAGUAAGCAUUUCACUGUUAGUCUACACCUGUUGUUUACGAAGUAUGUGACAAAUAACAUUUGAUUUGAUACUUGACUGAUUUGAUUCCCAUAGCAUAUUGCUGUUGAGUUGCUGUGAUGUUGACAUGACGUUGAUGUAAUGUUUGUGUGCUGUUGCUAGGACGCGGGAGGACACAGUGCGUCAGAUAGUGGCCAGCCUUACUGGAGAUGCGGAGGGCUGCAGUGACCUGGCCAAUGAGUUGUCCCGUGCCGACCCCGUGACCCUGGAGACCCAGGACAGUGAGGACGAGGGCAGCGACCCAGAGGAAUGGACCCCAGACCCUAAGGAUGCUGUCACAGGUCAGACCCUCCGUGUACCCACCUUACACACACUGCAAUCUCUUACUCUGUGAACUCCAAUUCUCCAAUGGAGAUGUAGUGUGAUUAUCACUACAAAGGGCAUGUCUAUCUGGUUGUCAUCACACUAGACAAACUGUGUCAGUUUCCUGUUUCUGCUGUAUUGAACUAGAAUUGCUCGAAAAGAACACCUCUCCAACACAUCUCUUUCACUAAAUGUAAAAUCAUCUUCCUUAUUCACCUCUCAGACAAGACAGGGUCUAAGCGACGUUCGUCUGACAUCAUCACUCUUCUGGUCAGCAUAUAUGGCAGUAAAGAGAUUUUCAUAGACGAGUACAGAACUGUCCUGGCAGACAGACUGCUCCACCAGUUCAACUACAAUACAGCCAGGUACGCAACACUCGUGUACAGUAACUAGUACCUUCACUCCAAAGGCAUGUAUCCCAAUGCUAUACAGUACAUUACUCACUUCACUCCUUUACUGUACACCAUGAGAUCCUACUACUCAGCAUCCAUCAACACACUUGAGACCCUUUGGAAUCACUAUUAGUACACAGAUAUACUGGUGUUGGUAGUCUUGUUGAUUAUAAUGGAUUCUCUGUGUGGACAUUUGGGUGAGUGAAAUCGUGGCAUAUUUUUUCUGUAAAUCACUUUUCUCAUGUGCCUCCAGGGAGAUCCGUAAUGUGGAGUUGCUCAAACUGAGAUUCGGAGAGUCCCAUAUGCACUACUGUGAGGUGAUGCUAAAGGUAAAGUACUGUACAUACAGUAAGUACUCUGUGUCUCCUUAAGUUCCCAUUCAUACCAGUGUGAGCUUUGACAUCAUGACUCCCUAGCUGUGUCACAACUGAUCACCAUCAGAAUAUGUGAGCGGAGUUGAGCGGUCGCAAAUCCUGCUCAUUGCUCAUGGAGAGGUGCUUGCGCACCACUCCAGCACUCCAUGUCCUUUCCAACCACUCCGCUAAAAAUCGCCCCUCGCUCACAGGGGAAAAAACUGCCGCUCCAUUCAUUAAAAUCACAAUUUAACCAACACCCAUCUAUUUUUGUGAUUACCUUGACCUACGAUUUGGUUUUGAAGUAUUGAAACCAAACCAUAUGAUUUGAAUGAAAAGUAUUUUAAUAAACAACAGGAAAAGGUGGCUGUAAGAAGCGCUCAUCAUCUCAAAUAGGCUACAUGUCGUAUUAAACAGCAUAUAAACACUAAAUAGGUCAGGACAGGAGCCAGACAGGUAGUCUAAGAAGGAAUGAAAAUUAAUUAUGGCUAUAUUAUUUCAAUUAUUUCAAGGCGAUAGCCUACAAAGAAAUACAUUUUGAAGCAUUUGCGAGUGCGACACACUAGGCUAGCAGGGACAUUAAGCUCUCAGCAUUUAAACAACAUUUAGUUACAUUAAAUCAUUAUAGUCUAUAAAUUGCACAUAUAGGCGGUGACUUAAAAUGAAAUACAAAUUAAACGACAAAUGCCUUAUUAGGCUCAUUAGUGCCUUUGAAUUCAUUUUUAGAAACACGAGUUUGGCCAGAGUCUGUGGGUUCAGGCUCAUGCGAUGGUGCCUGGAGAGCAGGCCAGCAGUGGAGAAUAUCCUCUCCGCGCUUGCAGAGCCACUGGGGAUGCUAAACACCCUUCGGCCACUCUUGCCAGGCAGGGCAGGAUACCUCUUUCAAGGUAAACUCCUGGAAAGAGGUAAUAUGCCAGGCCUAUUGGGCCAAAAUCAAUGAUGGCCAAUUGAAUAGAUAAAUGAACGAAACGGAACAAAACUUUUAAGAGAUAUAUAAUUUUUCGUUUCUAAAUACUUUGCUACAAUGACACACUUAGCUAACUACUGACCUCAUUCCUUUCUGUUAGCAUGUGCAUGUAGUAAGUACACCAUCAUGCUUUCGGGAUACAGUGCCUUGCAAAAGUAUUCAUCCCCCUUGGUGUUUUUCCUAUUUUGUUUCAUUACAACCUGUAAUUUAAAUGGAUUUUUAUUUGGAUGUCAUGUAAUGGACAUACACAAAAUAGUCAAAAUUGGUGAAAAAAAUAACUUGUUAAAAAAAAUAAUAACGGGAAAGUGGUGCGUGCAUAUGUAUUCACCCCCUUUGCUAUGAAGCCCCAAAAUAAGAUCUGGUGCAACCAAUUACCUUCAGAAGUCACAUAAUUAGUUAGAUUGCACACAGGUGGACUUUUAUUUAAGUGUCACAUGAUCUGUCACAUGAUCUCAGUGUAUAUAUAUACACCUGUUCUGAAAGGCCCCAGAGUCUGCAACACGACUAAGCAAGAGGCACCACCAAGCAUGCAGCACCAUGAAGACCAAGGAGCUCUCCAAACAGGUCAGGGACAAAGUUGUGGAGAAGUACAGAUCAGGGUUGAGUUAUAAAAAAUAUCCGAAACUUUCAACAUCCCACGGAGCACCAUUAAAUCCAUUAUUAAAAAAUUGAAAGAAUAUAGCACCACAUCAAACCUGCCAAGAGAGGGCUGCCCAACAAAACUCACGGACCAGGCAAGGAGGGCAUUAAUCAGAGAGGCAACAAAGAGACCAAAGAUAACCCUGAAGGAGCUGCAAAGCUCCACAGCGGAGAUUGGCGUAUCUGUCCAUAGGACCACUUUAAGCUGUACACUCCACAGAGCUGGGCUAUAUGGAAGAGUGGCCAGAAAAAAGCCAUUGCUUAAAGGAAAAAAUAAGCAAACAUGUUUGGUGUUCGCCAAAAGGCAUGUGGGAGACUCCCCAAACAUAUGGGAGAAGGUACUCUGGUCAGAUGAGACUAAAAUUGAGCUUUUUGGCCAUCAAGGAAAACGCUAUGUCUGGAGCAAACCCAACACCUCUCAUCACCCCGAGAACACCAUCCCCACAGUGAAGCGUGGUGGUGGCAGCAUCAUGCUGUGGGGAUGUUUUUCAUCGGCAGGGACUGGGAAACUGGUCAGAAUUGAAGGAAUGAUGGAUUGCGCUAAAUACAGGGAAAUUCUUGAGGGAAACCUGUUUCAGUCUUCCAGAGAUUUGAGACUGGGACGGAGGUUCACCUUCCAGCAGGACAAUGACCCUAAGCAUACUGCUAAAGCAACACUUGAGUGGUUUAAGGGGAAACAUUUAAAUGUCUUGGAAUGGCCUAGUCAAAGCCCAGACCUCAAUCCAAUUAAGAAUCUGUGGUAUGACUUAAAGAUUGCUGUACACCAGAGGAACCCAUCCAACUUAAAGGAGCUGGAGCAGUUUUGCCUUGAAGAAUGGGCAAAAAUCCCAGUGGCUAGAUGUGCCAAGCUUAUAGACACAUACCCCAAGAGACUUGCAGCUGUAAUUGCUGCAAAAGGUGGCUCUACAAGGUAUUGACUUUGGGGGGGUGAAUAGUUAUGCACACUCAAAUUUUCUGUUUUUUUGUCUUAUUUCUUGUUUGUUUCACAAUAAAAAAUAUUUUGCAUCUUCAAAGUGGUAGGCAUGUUGUGUAAAUCAAAUGAUAUAAACCCCCCAAAAGACAAUUAUAAUUCCAGGUUGUAAGGCAACAAAAUUUGAAAAAUGCCAAGGGGGUUGAAUACUUUCGCAAGCCACUGUAUGUGUCUUUUCAGAUUCCACAAUUAUUAUUUAGUUGUGGACACUACAUCACCACACUCCCUCUCUUGCUCUUAGUCCUCCUCAUCUUUGUAAGUCACCUUGAAUUUUCACCUGUUUGUUUUAUCUGUUUCUUUAUGGAAAUAUUUAGCAAACUCCAUGACAGUAGCUAAAGCAAGGGGCUAUAGCAGCACACAAGUAGACUACAAAUGCAUGCUGGGACGGCAUGCCCUGAGCUCCUGAAGUGAGCGCUACUGAAGCGAAAUUGGAGCGGGCGAGAAGGCCAAAGCUCCAGCCUUGGGGAAACUCGCUCCAGUCAAAUUGGGCACACUCUGCUCCUCACUCCGCUCCAGCUCCGCUCACAUACUCUGAUCACCACUGAUCAAAGCAGUAUCUUUAAAAAUACAUGCAGUCCCAUCUAUCAUAGGAUAAAAGCUGAGGACACAGGACAGUACGAGGAAAGGUGGCCAUUUUAAGCACUUUAGGACAGAGCCUCACUCUCUUCUCCUCUCUUCCCUCUCUCUCUCCAGGACGUGGCUGACUCACGAAGGAUCAACACCAACAUCCGUGAGGAGGAGUCCAGGGUGGCUGAGGAGGAGCAGCCCCCCCUGGCCCUGUCAGCCAUGAUCCUGUCCUCUGAAUUCUGGCCCACGCUGAAGGAGGAGAAGAUGGAGCUCCCGCCCCUGGCCUCCCAAGCCAUGGAGGCCUACACACACCGCUACGAGAAACUCAAGGUACCUGAUGAUGGAGCUGUAGCCUGGCUGCCAGUCUGUUUCUGCUUUAGUCAAGUCUUUAUAAACAGACUGGCAGCCAGGCCAACAGAGUAUGAAUAGUAUGAAUCUCCCCAGGCAAUGAGGACCCUUAGCUGGAAGCCUCAUCUGGGCUCAGUGACCCUGGAUGUGGAGCUGGAGGACAGGACUCUGACUAACCUGACUGUGUCCCCCAUCCAUGCUGCCAUCAUCCUGCACUUCCAGGACAAAAGUUAGUACUCUGGCCAUCACAGGCUGCCUUAUGUACAACUUAUCAAUGCAUACAAACAUUGUAUGAGUAACUAAGAUUUACCUUUACCAUCUUUCUCUCUCUCUCUGUCUGUCUGUCUCUGUCUCUCUCUCUGUCUGUCUGUCUCUGUCUCUCUAUGUCUCUCUCUCUCGGUCUCUCUCUCUCUGUCUAUGUGUCCUGAAGGCUCGUGGACUCUGGAGGAGCUGAGUGGGGUCCUGGGCGUGCCCCAGGAGAUGGUGAGGAGGAAGUUGGCUCUGUGGCAGCAGCAGGGGGUCCUAAAGGAGGAGGCGGGGGGGCGCUACUCUGUCCUGGAGAAGGGCUCAUCCCGGGAGAGACCUGAGAGAGGGGUGAUGUUGAUUGACAGUGACGAGGAGGGAGACUCCAACACCACCACCCAGUCAGAGCAGAGGGAGGAGAAACUACAGGUUCAGUGCACACACACACAUUGGAGGCAUGGAAUUCAAAUACAAAUCUCCUGUCAAAUAAAAAUCAAGCUAGCCCUAACAGCAGUGUUCUCUCUCCCCUGUGUGCGUGGUUGUUGGUGCAGUUGUUCUGGGCCUACAUCCAGGCCAUGCUGACCAACCUGGAGACCAUGACCCUAGAGCGCAUCCACUCCAUGCUCAGGAUGUUCGUUGCCACGGGACCCAUUGUCACGGAGAUGGACGUGAACGAGCUGCAGGCCUUCCUGCAGAGGAAAGUGCGAGACCAUCAGCUCAUCGUGUCCUCAGGCGUCUACAGACUGCCCAAGUCCACCAACUGAGGAUGGGGAGAAGAGAGGAGGAGAAAAUAGGAGGUUCAACUGAAAAGCGGAGGUAUCUGAUUAGUUUCCGAAAUGUACAUGAUGCAGCAUUGCAGUCGGAGACUACAGUUUCAAAGAAUAACCUUUUCAGGAAUAGGCUUGGAAGGCAACUGAAAAUGCCAAGCAUUGUGCUGUAUUACUAUGUCUUACUAUACUAAUGGCUAUAAGGAGCAUGAACCUCUCAUUCUGUCUUUAUGGUUGACCAUCCAGGUUGCUUGACUUUGUUAUGAGUUUUGGAGGACUCAAAAUCAUACUAUCAAUGUGUUUCAGCGACCAUUGUGUUCUGAUGCUUUUAAAACAAAGUUGCACAUUGAAUUGACACAUGGUUGGACUUUGUGUAGUUUGGAGUUCCCUGUUUGAUAAUAUGACAAUUGUCUGAG